GUUUCAAUGAAAAACCUCACAAGACGCCUAUGGCCACCGAUAUCCACGCCAUUUUCCCCGAUAUAUCGUCUGCAAUUCAACCUGAUUUCUUCGUUUCUUUUCAGUUUCUCGGCUCUAUCACUGAAUCAGGUUAUUGAGGAGCCAUGGGUGAUUCUAUUGAUUUAUCCGGGGAUGGAGGUGUUUUCAAGUCAAUCUUGAGGAAAGGAAAAGCUGAUGCGAUUUGUCCUUCGGAGGAUCUUCCUCUUGUUGAUGUUCAAUAUGAGGGCAUGCUUGCUGAAACCGGUGAGGUUUUUGACACGACACGCGAGGAUAACACUGUCUUCUCAUUUGAACUUGGGAAGGGCUCGGUGAUUCAGGCAUGGGAGAUUGCCGUGAAAACCAUGAAGGUCGGGGAGGUUGCAAAAAUUACUUGCAAACCAGAAUAUGCGUAUGGCAGUGCAGGUUCCCCGCCAGAUAUCCCACCUGACGCAACUCUUAUCUUUGAGGUGGAGUUAGUGGCCUGCAGACCACGGAAGGGUUCCAGUGUAACCGAUGUUUCAGAAGAGAGGGCUAGGCUAGAGGAGCUGAAGAAGCAAAGAGAACAUGCUGCUGCAGCUAAAGAGGAAGAAAAGAAGAGGAGAGAAGAGGCUAAAGCAGCCGCUGCUGCCCGCAUGCAAGCCAAGCUGGAAUCAAAGAAAGGUCAAGGAAAGGGAAAAGGGAAGGGAAAAUAAGGCCAUUGAAGAAAAUAUAUUCGAUAUAUGAGGAAUUGAAUGCAGCAAAUGAGCAUGUUGUGAUAUGAAAGACCUUUAGAUUAUAUGGGUGACUAAUAUCUUAGCCUUCCUCUCAUGAAUUUAGUGUUGUGGACUUGUCAAGAUUGCCCCCAUGUCUCUGAGACAGUUCAAGUCCGAAUCUGAUCUCACCUUGGAUGGUGUGCUGAGUUGAUCUUUUUAGACGAGGCAAAGGGCUGGAGAUCCUGAGUCCGCUCCCUCCUUGUUGAAAUCAUAUGGUUAACACAUUAUGGUGCCAGAGCUUUAAGAAGAAAUCCAUUGAGUAAUGAGGUGUGCUCUUCUUAGAUGGGUUUAUUAAUCAACCAUUGCUUGUGCGAUGUGUGGUCUUGUAGAAAAUGGCUCAUGGUAGAGGAGUUUUGCAGCAUGGGAAGAUUUAGGUUCAAGGCAACAGCCUAAGUCCGAUCUCAACUUGGAAGACACUCAGGUUCAUGAAUUUAGGCCCUGGCCCGCACAUUUCAGUAUGCAAACAAUAACCCACCCUGUAAAAAUUUUAAGGGGUUGGAGUGUAAUAAUAGUUAUUUUUUAAAA